GCCGCCCCGCCCCGGGCAUUGCGCCCUCUUCACUGCCCCUGCGCCCUGCUGCCAUGUUCCGCCGCGCGCUGCUGGCCUGCACCCUCCUGGCCCUGCUGGGCCUCGGGGCAGCUCUGAAGACAUCAGCCCCGAGCUGCUGCAGCCCCAUUGUGCCUCGCAAGGAGUGGAAGGCCCUGGCGUCCGAGUGCUCGCAGCGCCUGCGCCACCCGGUGCGCUACGUGGUGGUGUCGCACACGGCAGGCAGCAGCUGCAGCAGCCCGGACGCGUGCCAGCAGCAGGCCCAGAACGUGCAGCACUACCACGCGCGGACGCUGGGCUGGUGUGACGUUGGCUACAACUUCCUGAUAGGAGAGGACGGGCUGGUGUAUGAGGGUCGCGGCUGGGACAUCAAGGGCGACCACGCGGGGCCCACCUGGAACCCCAUAUCCAUCGGCAUCACCUUCAUGGGCAACUACAUGGAUCGGGUGCCACCAGCCCGGGCCCUCCGGGCUGCCCAGAGCCUGCUAAACUGCGGCGUGGCUCGGGGAGCCCUGAGCUCCAACUACGAGGUCAAAGGGCACCGGGACGUGCAGAAGACGCUGUCGCCAGGCAACCAGCUCUACCAAAUCAUCCAGACCUGGCCGCACUACCGCGAGUGAAGCCUACUCCCGCCCGCCCCCAGGCCUCCCCUCCAAUAA